CAGAAACAAAAAACAAGGAUACCCCAAUUAAAAAUGCCCGGCUCUCUGUCUCUCUUCUCCGUCAAUGCCGUCCUCCUAAUGUCGGCCGACGACGGCUCUCGCAUCUUCGCCAAAUACUAUUCUCCGCCUCACCCCCCGGCCGGUGCUGCCCCCAAUGCCACCGAUUACCCUGGCGCAAACCCCUAUCCCACGCUCAAAGAACAGAAGGCCUUCGAACAGGGUCUCCUCGAGAAGACCAACAAGCAGACCAGCGAUGUUAUCCUAUACGACAACCGGAUCGUUGUCUUCAAGAUGGAGAGCGAUGUCAUGCUCUACGUUGUCGGGGGUGCUGAGGAGAACGAAGUCCUGCUUUAUAAUGUCGUGCUGUCGUUGAGGGAUGCUUUGGGUAUCUUGUUCAAGGGUGCUACUGACAAGCGUACGAUUGUCGAGAACUAUGAUCUUGUUGCGUUGGCUAUCGAUGAGAUCAUUGAUGAUGGUAUUAUUCUCGAGACGGACCCAGUUCUUAUCUCCUCGCGUGUGAGCCGUGCCCCCCAGGCCGAUGCGCCGAAUCUGAAGAGCAUCGAUCUGUCCGAACAAGGCCUGCUCAAUGCCUGGGAGCUUGGAAAGCGGCGCUUGGCCGAAGGCUUGCGGCAGAUGUAGAGGGGCUUACAUACCACUUGGGCGUGUUUAAAUUGGGUUGAUUUCUCGCAUGGUCAUGCAUUUGAUGUCUUAUUUUAUCAUUCUUCGUUUAAUACUAUGUGGCUGGUCCCGGCGUGGUACUGUGCGUGUUGCUUAUUUAUUUCACGAUGUUGAUUGAUUUAUUUGAUUGCCUCGUUCUUGUUCUUCCGGGGACACCUGAAGAUUCUAUAGAGAUACUCCUUCAUGAUCAGACGCGGGUUUACACUUGUCAUUUAGCGGCAGGGGAGGAUAAUUCCUUGUCUCAAGCAGUCUCGAGAUAUCGCAAAAGAAACAAAGCAACAGAAGAUCAGACAAACAGCAUUCAAGCCC